AUGGGCUACCAGGAACAGGUUUCAUUAGAUUUCAUGUACAACGAUGACUCAGUGCUGGUGGUGAACAAGACAAGCUGCACCAAGUGCGGUGUGUCUAAUCCAAUCUCUAAGUUCGAAGAUGGGAACACUGGUUUCCAGUUUGGUCGAUACGGGUUCUUCUACUUCAUCAGUGGGGAGCGUGGUCACUGCAAAGCUGGUCAGAAACUGGUUGUUCGGGUGAUGGUGCACCCUGCAAUCAGCUCUCCUCAGCCUGCACCUUCACCUCAUGGCGAUGAUGUAUCUGAUCAUGAUGGGGGUGCUUGGGACUCAUUUUUGGGGCCGCCGCCACAGAAUUCUACCAUCAAGCUGACAGUUGCAUGA